AUGCCUAUAGAUGCUCAUAAGGACAGCAAUAUAAUGUUUUUGACGUUUAACAACUGUCUGGAGCUAUGCAAUAAUAUGAUUGGUAUGAAAAAUUGCUUGAACCCAACCAGCGCUAAGCGUAAGGAUUAUAACAACGCGAUACUCCCAGAUUUUGUCAACUUGAUUUUAUUGUCCCUAACUGCAUUGGGAACCGAGCUUCUAGGUGGAGGUCCUAGUCGCUAAGAGUCUACAGACGGUGCCAGACCGCCAUCAUACUGGACGCCGCUUUCGGCUGAGAAAAGGAAUACCCUUGCGAUUGUUGCUGCAGAUCCAGUGCCAAGACCAGGCAGUGCCCAAACUAAAAUUGACGUGAACGCAGAGCCUCCUUGGGAUCCAGAUCCACAGUCCGACUGA